AAGACCGAAAAAACUGUGAAAAUGAGAAAUCCAUCAAUCCUACUAAAACGCGUUUCUUGUUUUGUCUGUACGCAUAACACGGAGAGACUGAUUAAAUUCUUCUACCAUCGUCUGAGUUGUUCACUCCAUUAAAAUUUUCACUCGAAUUAAUAAAAAAAUAAAAAAUAAAAUAAAUAAUCAACGCCCGCCCCCAUUAAAAGAAGUAGAUCAGUUCUUACAAAGCUAUAGUGGGUUUUGGAUGAAACCUGAAAACAACACCUGCUGCUGCCUACUUGUGAAUUUCUUGAUGGGCUCGGCUCCUUUGACUUUUUCUAGGUAGAUCUCGAUUUCUUCGCUGGUGAAAUCGAGGGAAUUCGAUUUCGAUUGAUUUUGUUUCCGUAAGAGAGAGAGAUAGAGAGUGAUGGGGAAUACUUGUGUGGGACCCGGCAUUACGAAAAACGGAAUAUUCCAAUCGGUUUCUGCAGCUUGGUGGCGAACCCCUAUGCCAGAUUCCUCCGUAAAUGGAGACGGCCACAAGAGCAACGAGAAUCCCGACGAAUCAGAGCCCGCUGCAUCGUCAGUCCAAAACACACCACCGGAGCAAGUCACGAUCCCCAAACCCGAACCGAAGCAAGAGCACCAAACACCAAAAGCCAAAAAACCCAUGAAGAGAAACACCAGCGCAGGCCUCCGGACCGACUCCGUCCUCCAACGGAAAACGGGGAAUCUAAAAGAGACCUUCACCCUCGGCAAAAAACUAGGACAAGGGCAAUUCGGUACGACUUUUCUAUGCGUGGAGAAGUCAACGGGCUUACAGUACGCGUGCAAGUCGAUAGCCAAGAGGAAGCUGCUGACGGACGAAGAUGUCGAGGAUGUGAGAAGGGAGAUUCAGAUAAUGCACCAUCUGGCGGGCCACCCUAACGUGAUAUCGAUUAAAGGUGCGUACGAGGAUGCGGUGGCGGUUCAUGUUGUGAUGGAGCUGUGUGCUGGCGGCGAGCUUUUCGACAGGAUUAUACAGAAGGGGCAUUACACCGAGAGGAAGGCGGCUGAGCUGACUAGGACUAUCGUCGGUGUGGUGGAGGCUUGCCACUCGUUGAGCGUUAUGCACCGCGAUCUUAAGCCGGAGAAUUUCCUCUUUGUUGACCAGAAGGAGGAGUCGCUUCUCAAGACGAUUGACUUUGGGUUGUCUAUGUUCUUCAAGCCAGGGGAAAGAUUUAACGACGUGGUGGGCAGUCCAUACUACGUUGCACCAGAAGUUCUUCGUAAACGCUACGGUCCCGAAGCUGAUGUGUGGAGUGCCGGGGUGAUAGUCUACAUUUUGCUUAGUGGGGUUCCUCCAUUUUGGGCUGAAAGUGAGCAAGGAAUAUUUGAGCAAGUCUUGCAUGGUGAUCUUGACUUCUCGUCGGACCCUUGGCCGAGUGUAUCUGACAGUGCAAAAGAUUUGGUGCGGAAAAUGCUCGUUAGGGACCCCAAAAGACGUAUAACCGCACACGAAGUACUGUGCCACCCUUGGGUUCAAGUUGACGGUGAGGCGCCUGAUAGGCCUCUCGAUUCUGCAGUUUUGAGCCGUAUGAAGCAUUUUUCUGCAAUGAAUAGACUCAAGAAAAUGGCUCUUAGAGUAAUUGCGGAUACCCUAUCUGAAGACGAAAUCGCUGGAUUAAAAGAAAUGUUCAAAAUGAUCGAUGCAGAUAACAGCGGCCAAAUUACCUUCGAAGAGCUCAAAGCCGGCCUCAAAAGAGUCGGCGCAAAUCUCAACGAGUCCGAAAUUCACGACCUAAUGCAAGCGGCUGAUGUGGAUAAUAGCGGAACGAUCGAUUACGGAGAGUUUAUAGCUGCAACGUUGCAUCUCAAUAAAAUCGAGAGGGAGGAUCAUUUAUUUGCUGCGUUCUCGUAUUUCGAUAAAGACGGGAGUGGCUACAUCACGCCCGACGAGCUUCAAAAGGCGUGCUUGGAAUUCGGAUUUGACGAUUCUCGACUUGAAGAAAUGAUUCGAGAAGUAGACCAAGACAAUGAUGGACGAAUUGAUUACAACGAGUUUGUGAUGAUGAUGCAGAAGGGAAACCCGAUUGCUGCAGGCGGUAAACGGGGUUUGGAGAACAGCUUCAGCUUAAAUUUUAGAGAGGCUUUAAAAGUGACAUAGGGGCUUUCAAAAACAGACUUUCUUUUCCCUUCAUUAAUUUUUUUUUUUUUUUUCCAUUUUUGGAUGAGAAAAUUAUAUGUUGUAUUGCUAUUUUGCCCUGCUUAGGGUUUAUCUUUUUGUUGUAUACUGUAUGAAAGAUGAUACAAAAUCAAAUUUUCUCACUUUGUGCAACUGUAAGUGAUAGUUCUUGGUGCUUUUCAAGUGAAUUUCACUGAGCUCAAAUUGUUUAUUUAAUAUAAAAUUCAUGUCAUUUCAGUA